AUGUACAGCUCUGCAACCUUCAAAAUUCAAAGCAACGGCAGAACAACAAAGAACUUUAACGUCGCAGAGGGUGUUCUGCAGGGCGAAAUAUUGAGCCCGCUAUUGUUUAUCCUAUUUAUUUCCGACCUCGAGGAUUUCUUCAGAGACAACGGAAGCAUCGAUAUCAAUAUUGAUGGUAAAUGCGACAUACUGUCUUUGCUAUACGCGGAUGAUCUCGCGUUACUCGCUCAUACCAAGGCCGAUCUCCAGAAGAAGCUAAAUCUGCUCACGCAAUACUGUCAAUCAAACAAACUAGCAGUCAACGUUGGCAAAACCAAAAUAAUUUACUGCCGCUGCGCUGGUCGUCUACCAAGAGACCUGAACUUCCGCUUUGGUGAUCAAAAAAUCGAAAUUACCGACAACUAUGAGUAUCUGGGUCUAACUGUCUCGGCCAGUGGAUUCAGCCGCCCCACUGCAAUCAAUGCCAUCAACAAAGCUCGUUCAGCUCUCAGCUCAGUCAGCGGAAUCAUCUUCUCAACCAAAACCGACUCUGUGCCGUGCAUUAUAAAACUCUUUGACAGCAUCGUUCAAGCUACUCUCCUAUAUGCCUCACCCAUAUGGGCACUAUCGAACCUUGAUCUCAUAGAGAAGAUUCAAUGUGAGUUCUUCAAACGAGUCUUCGGCCUGCCAAAGACUACUGCCGGUGCUCUCUUAAGAGUGGAACUAGGACGACCUAGACUAGCGUACUUCGUACUGAAGGCAACCUGGGACUGGAUCUGCAAGAUUCUGGCAAUGGAUGAUAAGCGGCUACCAAAGAUCUGCCUUAAACGUAUUAGCAGUCUCUCCCAGGCUGCACAAUCCAAGGCUAAAUUCAAUUGGCUUUGCCAUCUUCUCGAGAUCAUCAAAAAAUACUAUCCAGAUAUAGUACCACGUCUCGAAAAACUGGACUUACCCACAUGGUGCUCAUACAGGGAUACGUUCCUACGCAGAUAUCAGAAUCAAACUUGGUGGGAAGAUAUGCGGCUGGCCAGUAAUGCCCAUUACCUACAAACACCUUACACAAAUGAUAAUCCAAGAGGCUGCUGCAAAUAUCUCUCCAAAAGGAUGAAGCUCAACGCCACCAGACUGUUUAUGCAACUAAAACUUGCCAGCAAAUUUUACUUUGCAUUUAAAACCUCUGGAUGCUGCUAUGAACUGCACUACCACUCAAAAUGCCCAAUCUGCAAUACCAAGGAAAAUGACACCAUCGAACACUUCAUGACUGACUGCCCAGUCCUGGCUCAUCUCCGUCAGCAGUACCUGAUUAAUACUGGUUCUGCACCUCCUGCAAUCCACGAUGCUCUGAAAAAUCCUGAUAUGCAAACUAUAAAAGCUCUCAGCCUGUUCAUACCUCAGGCUUGCCGUCUGAGAGCAUUUAUUUUAAACGAAUAA